AUAACCUUGGCAAAGGCGAACAUGACCGACCAGCGUGGAAGCCGUGUCAAGUUGCAUGCCAUGCGAGAUGUCCAAGCGUCAACGUCCCGAGGCCUGGUCGGGUCGAAGCAAAGGCUCUUGGCCAGCCAGCACAACAAUCUCCCGAUGACCGCGGACGCUCAAAUGCUGCUGAAAGUGCUCGGGAAACGGCCCGACAUGCGAACGGUGGAAGAAAUCGACAACCUGUUCGAGUGGGUGCUCAAGAACGGGAGCACGAACAAGCUCUUUUCGGGAAUCCAGGACGUCAUUUGCAAGACGAUUUGCCGCGAGAUGACCUUGUACACUGCGCCACCCAACAGCGUGAUCUGCUACCAGGGGGACUUUGGUGACGUGUUUUACAUUAUCAUUUCGGGCCAAGUGGCGUUGUACGUGGACGAGAACGAAAAGAAGCAGGCCAAGCCGUUCGAAGACGAUGUCAAGCUGCUCUUGCAGCGCGCGCUUCUAGAUGACAACAUAGCGUCAUCCGCGGCCAACAACGUGUCGGCCAGUACGCGGCACUUGCACAGUGACGCCGCCCAUCAACUCAAGCAGUUUGGCAAGUUCAUUCGAUUCAUCGGGUCGGGCGGGACAUUUGGCGAGCUCGCGGUGAUGGAGCCGACCGCCCAGCGCACGUGCACGGUCGUUUCCACGACGGUCACAUCGUUUAUAUGCCUCAAACGCGCCGCGUACCAACGCCUCGUGCGAGCCAGCAACGGCGACACAGUCGGGUUCACGCAGUACGAGUUCCUCGAAGAUUUGUUUUACUUUGAAUCGUGGAGCCACGGCGAUGUCCAGCGCUUUUCCAACAAACUCCGCCAAGUGACUAUCGCCGCCGACAGCUUUCUGUUGCGCCACGGCAACGAGGCAAACGUGAUGUAUUUCAUCUACUCGGGCAUCGUCCAGGAGUCGAUGCCGAUGGUGUGCCUCAUGGACGAACACGGUGUUGCCAUCAAGUACACUCCUGUCGAGGAGAAAAACAAAAAGGGGGCAGCCAAGGGGCCCUCUGCUAACGUCGGGGCCCCAACGUCGACUUUGCUGGCCGAUACGACGUCCGUUCCCGACUCUGCUGGGCAUGGCAUCCCGCUCAGCGAACUCAAGCGCAAGCGUGUGAGUGUCGAGAUCGCGCUGUACGAAGAGCACGACAUUUGCGGGGAGCACGCGUUGUUGUACAAUCAAUCCCAUAGCAAAGUCGACCUACGAGCGAUCACUGACGUCAAGGCCCUCGUCAUGGACCGCGCGACGUGGGUCGACGUCUUCCUCGUGGAUCGGCUCGAGACUGUUGUGACGGCACUGAAUCUGUUCAAACAAGUUGCGCAAGCACGUGAUCACUGGCGCGAAACACGCGUAGCGAUCGCGGUGUCGCACCCCCGCCUGCUCCUCACCAUAUCAACCCGCGCCAUGAUGAAGCAUGCACACGUGCUGUGUGGAUGGUGCGGCAGUGGCGACCACAACACUGGGGACCCUCGGUGCACCAAAGUGAUUGCCGCCAGAGAGAAAGCUAACAUACGAAAGAAACGCAAAGGCAAGACCGACAAACAAAAGGCUGAAGAGUUUGCACAGGAGCGGCGGCGCGUGCUCCGUGGCAACAAACCGAUCCUGCACAAACCCGACAAAGAAGAGGACGCCAAGGCGUCGUUGAAAAUGCGAUUUCGCGUGGCGGCGACUGCCAUCGUGUCAAGCGUUCAAAUCCACCACGCAACUCUCACCCUCCCCACUCCACGAGAGCAAAUUCUCAAGGACUGGCAAGUCGCGGCAAACAACCAAGCGCGGAUCUGCGAGUCCCAUGGACAGAUGGCCGCACCAAAGCUCCAAGUUCCAGACGAAGUGCGGAAAAAGGCAGAAGCGGUAACCAGGCCGCCCACGCGCCUCAGAUCCCCCCCCACAAAGCCUCGAGUGGCGAGGGCGUCGUACGAGCCUGAAGACGACGGACCGGAAGAGGUGCACGGGAUGGCGGCAAUCGCACCCAUUCCACUCGCUAUGCAAAACAGCCUCGCCAAGGACAACGUGGCUGCCGAGUUUCGACUGAACCUGCUCCAGCGGCUCAAGACCGUGCAGACGGUCGAAGCGUACCAAGCCACGCGCACCGACGUGUUGGCCGCCAUGUCGACUCCCGACGGCACUUCUGCCAAACCAACUGGCAAAGACUCCCGUCGACCGAGGAGACCGAAAGUGCCGAAGAAUCGACGGCACCGCAGGGGCCCGCAGUCGACUCGAUUGUACCGCCGCGUCGACCGCAUGCUCAAGAAACUGUGGCCGGCCGAGUAUAGCCUGCCGCAGGUCGAGGACAGUUUAAAGGACGUAAAGAUUCGGCACGAUUGAAUUCAAGGCAAUGCGUGGGCUUGAUCUGGACGAGGAUCUAUCGUUGCUUGGAUGGAUUACCUUUCGACGCGUUUGCAAUCGCGAUGAGUUCUUCGAGCAAUGGCUCGAGCUCGUCCAGCGGCAACAUGGUUGUGGCGUCGCUCAGGCCUUUUGCCGGGUCCGGAUGCGU